AAAUUGAUAAGUUGUAUCAAAUUAUGAGGGAUUCACACUAUUUGCGGUCUAGCCUUAAUGAAGAACAACUUUAUAUAAUGAAUGAGUUCUUGGCUGCUGAUGAAACAAUUAAAGCAUUGCCGACUAUUUCUCAAAAACACCCAAAUUCUAUUUAUGUUAGUAAGGCUAUUAAUACACAGGAAAUAAAAUCUGCAUUAAACUUAACUCAAGAUAUUAUAG